AUGGCCUACCAAGGCGGCUCUCACUCUCCCCAUGAAUACGAUGCGGGCCAUCAGCUCCAUGAUAUGGGCAACCCCUAUGGUCGGGAAGAUGACGACCAGAAUGAAGUCUCCAGGGGCCUACUCUCAAAUCAGCAAGGCCCCUUUAACGGUCCCUUUGAUGACCCUCAACAACGCGCCGCAUCCCCUGCACGACCAACCUCGGGUUACAGUUUGACGGAGUCCUACGCUUCCGAUGCCCAUCUGCCUGGCUACCAUGAUCCUUACGCCAAUACCGCCAGUUCGACUUACUCAAGCGCAUCGGCCGAGAACCCCGCAGCUGCGUUUGGCGUCCCCGGUCGUGUGGCUUCGCCCUAUGCCCGCAGUGAGACCUCUUCUACUGAAGCAUGGCGCCAGCGGCAGGCCCCUGGCGGCCCCGGAGGAUUGAGGCGUUAUGCCACCAGGAAAGUCAAACUGGUGCAGGGCUCGGUAUUGAGUGUGGAUUACCCGGUCCCCAGUGCCAUUCAAAAUGCUGUUCAGGCUAAAUACCGCAACGAUCUCGAAGGCGGCUCGGAGGAAUUUACCCACAUGCGCUAUACCGCCGCAACCUGUGAUCCGAAUGAAUUUACCCUCCACAACGGUUACAACCUGCGACCUGCCAUGUAUAACCGUCACACAGAACUACUCAUUGCCAUUACUUAUUAUAAUGAAGACAAGGUGCUCACCGCCCGUACCCUGCACGGUGUCAUGCAGAAUAUCCGUGACAUUGUAAAUCUGAAGAAGUCCGAGUUCUGGAACAAGGGAGGUCCGGCCUGGCAAAAGAUCGUGGUGUGCCUGGUGUUCGACGGCAUCGAUCCCUGUGACAAGGAGGUUCUUGAUGUGCUUGCCACCAUUGGUGUCUACCAGGACGGUGUCAUGAAGCGUGAUGUCGACGGGAAAGAGACCAUCGCUCACAUUUUCGAAUAUACUACCCAGCUAUCAGUCACUCCGAGCCAGCAGCUCAUUCGCCCUACUGAUGAUGGCCCAUCCACUCUUCCCCCGGUGCAGAUGAUGUUCUGCUUGAAGCAGAAAAACAGCAAGAAAAUCAACUCCCACCGGUGGUUGUUCAACGCAUUUGGUCGCAUUCUCAACCCCGAAGUUUGCAUCCUGCUUGAUGCUGGUACUAAGCCGGGUCACAAGUCUUUGCUGGCUUUGUGGGAGGCGUUCUAUAACGACAAGGACUUGGGAGGUGCCUGUGGUGAGAUCCACGCCAUGUUGGGCAAGGGCUGGAAGAACCUGAUCAAUCCUCUUGUCGCCGCACAAAACUUCGAGUAUAAGAUCAGUAAUAUCUUGGACAAGCCGCUGGAAAGUUCUUUUGGAUAUGUCAGUGUGUUGCCUGGUGCUUUCUCUGCGUACCGAUUCCGCGCCAUCAUGGGUCGACCGCUGGAGCAGUAUUUCCACGGUGAUCAUACGUUGUCGAAACAACUCGGCAAGAAGGGUAUUGAGGGCAUGAACAUUUUCAAGAAGAACAUGUUCUUGGCCGAAGAUCGUAUUCUUUGUUUCGAGCUAGUCGCCAAGGCAGGCUCCAAAUGGCACUUGUCUUACGUCAAGGCCUCCAAGGGUGAAACCGAUGUUCCUGAAGGAGCUGCAGAAUUUAUCUCUCAGCGUCGUCGAUGGCUGAACGGUUCCUUCGCGGCAGGUAUAUAUUCGCUAAUGCAUUUCGGUCGGAUGUACAAGAGUGGACAUAACAUCCUCCGCAUGUUUUUCCUCCACAUCCAAAUGCUUUAUAACAUGUUCAAUACCUUACUGACUUGGCUUUCUUUGGCUUCGUAUUGGCUCACAACCAGUGUUAUUCUGAACCUGGUGGGAACGCCUGCCCCCUCUAACAAGUAUUCCGCUUUUCCCUUUGGGAAGUCUGCAACUCCGAUCAUUAACAUGGUUGUCCAAUACGCAUAUCUCGCAUUCCUGCUGCUGCAGCUCAUUCUAGCUUUGGGAAAUCGUCCCAAGGGCUCUAAAUCCUCGUACCUGGUUUCGUUUGUGGUGUUCGGUAUCAUCCAGAUAUAUGUCCUAGUGGAUGCCAUUUACCUUGUCGUCCGAGCGUUCAGUGGUAGUGCUCCGAUGGAUUUCGAUACGGACCACGGCGUCGGUGCUUUCCUCAGGUCGUUCUUUACUUCUAACAGCGGUGUCAUCAUCGUCGCUCUUGCUGCUACUUUCGGUCUCUACUUUACAGCCUCUUUCAUGUAUAUGGAUCCAUGGCACAUGUUCACCUCAUUCCCCGCUUAUCUGGCGGUGCAGUCGUCAUACAUCAACAUCCUCAACGUAUAUGCCUUCUGCAACUGGCACGAUGUGUCCUGGGGUACCAAGGGUUCCGAUAAGGCCGAUGCACUUCCAUCUGCGAAGACGACCAAAACGGAUGGCAAGGAUGCGGUCAUCGAAGAAGUGGACAAGCCCCAGGCGGAUAUCGAUAGUGCUUUUGAGGCUACGGUGAAGAGAGCACUCACGCCGUAUGUCCCACCCAAGGAGGUUGAAGAAAAGAGUCUGGAAGAUUCGUACAAGAGCUUCCGAACCAGGCUUGUGAGUUUCUGGAUCUUCAGCAAUGGUCUUUUGGCAGUCUGUAUUACGAACGAGUCUGUCAAGAAAGUCGGGUUCUCGAAUACCGCGACUGAGCGUACCUCACGUUAUUUCCAAGCCCUUCUCUGGUCGAACGCUGCCAUGGCUCUUGUUCGUUUUAUUGGAGCGUGCUGGUUCCUGGGUAGAACCGGUAUUAAGUGCUGUUUCGCCCGCCGAUAG